AUGGAGAUGAACAACAAGUGUGUUCCUGCCUGUCCCAAUGACUGCGGAAAUGGCAAAUGUGUUCGGACAAAUGUUUGCGAGUGUGAAUCAGGAUGGGGUGGUGCCACUUGCAAUAUAACAUGUCCUGAAAAUAAGUUUGGCCCUAACUGCAAGAAUGACUGCAACUGCAAGAAUGGUGCCAAGUGUGACCCCGCUGACGGAAGUUGUGCCUGUACAGCGGGAUGGACUGGAGCCGAUUGCAGCGAGAUGUGCCCGAAAGAUCACUUUGGCGUUCAGUGUAUUCAGAUCUGCCAGUGCGUCAACGGCCAGUGUAGUCAUAUCAACGGAACUUGCAAGUGUGAUUCCGGUUUCAAUGGGCCACUCUGCGAAAAGAAAUGCCUCGACGGACACUAUGGCGAGAACUGCCUGAACAACUGUCCCUGUCGCAACAACGGCACCUGCCAUCACGUCCACGGAAAGUGUGACUGUCCUGCUGGCUGGACUGGUGAAAUCUGCACUACCAAGUGUUCUGAUGUCGGUCGAUGGGGGCCCAACUGUAGCUACGAGUGUGAUUGCUUCAAUGGUGGCGUCUGUGACCCCGUUUCUGGGCAGUGUCAGUGUCAACCAGGCUACAUUGGCGACAAGUGUGAAAAUGAAUGUCCCUCUGGCAAGUUUGGCCUAAACUGCUCACAGUCGUGUGACUGCCUGAACGGAGCCUCCUGCGAGAAAGCCACCGGAGAGUGCAUUUGUCGGAAGGGCUACAGUGGAUCCAAGUGCGCCACUCGCCACUGUCCGGAUGACAAGUUUGGCGAAAAAUGCGACAAGAAGUGCCAGUGCCAUGGCACCAACUCCCUUCACUGUGAUUCCUGGGAUGGCACCUGCCGGUGUAAGCCCGGCUUCAAGGGCAACUGCUACAAACAGUGCUCACCACCGUACUAUGGCGAAGACUGCAAGGAAAUCUGCAACUGCAGUAAUGGCAUCUGCCAUCACAUAACUGGCGCUUGCAUGUGCAAUCCAGGCUGGAUGGGUGCAAAUUGCGACAAGCCUUGUUAUGCGGGCUACUUUGGCGUCCAGUGUGUUCAGAAGUGUCAGUGUUUCGGCAACGUCAAGUGUAACUCUGAGUCAGGAGAAUGUGACUGUCCGCCUGGAUUUUCCGGCCUAAGGUGUGAUCGUCCCUGUCCGGUGAAUAAGUUUGGUCCAAAGUGCGCUUAUGAUUGCAAAUGCCAAAAUGGGGCUGCUUGCAAUCCGACCAAUGCCGGCUACAUUGGCGAAAACUGUCAAUCGAGAUGUGGCAAAGGCGCUUUCGGUUUUGGCUGCAAGUACAACUGUGACUGCGUGGCUGCAAACACAAAGUCGUGUGACUUCAAGACGGGCAUAUGCUCAUGUGAGCCUGGCUUUUUUGGUUCUCGGUGCGAACACCCAAUCAAUACCUGUUCACGCGGAAAGUUUGGGUCAUCUUGUAGUGACACUUGUAACUGCAACAACAUGGCUUGUGACCGCAGUGGCUCAAGUUGCGUCUGUGAGACUGGUUUCACCGGCAGUAUGUGCGAAAAAAUGUGUCCAAGUGGAUCUUUUGGAAAAAACUGCGUCCAAGAUUGCCCUCACUGCUUGAACUCAAACAAAACCUGCAACUAUCGUGACGGCUCCUGCGUCUGCCACCCUGGAUUUGUAGGCACCUUCUGCGAACAGACUUGUCCUCAGAACUUUUGGGGUCAUAACUGCCAGAAUGAGUGCAACUGUGACGGCAGUGGCGGAGAAUGCAAUCACAUUACCGGCAAAUGUGUUUGUUUUCCUGGUCGAAAGGGCGACACUUGCGCCGAACGCUGCAAUGAAGGAUUCUACGGACUGGCCUGUAAGCAGCAGUGCAAGUGUCAGAAUGGAGGCUACAUUGGUCUACUGUGCUCUGAAACGUGCCCUGAUGGCUUUUUUGGCGACAACUGCAUCAAUGUAUGCUCUUGUCCCAAUAAGAACUUUCAGUGCGACCCUGUGCAGGGCUGUGUGUGCAAGAACGGUUUUACCGGAAAGAACUGCGACCAAAUUGACAAGGAGUACAGUGCUCAGGUGGAAGAGCACAAGACCUCUGGCUUUCCAUUCAUUGUCUUCUUCUGCGUGAUCACACUCGUUAUCACCGGCGUGGCAGCCUUCUACUACCGGCGAAAGUUCACUGAGCUGAAGGAGUUGCUGUAUGUGGAGUACAGCAACUACACUGGCAGCGCAGAGCCGCGUCACUUUGACAAUCCAGUGUACGCUUCGAUGCCGAGCAAUAGCAACACCAAACUGCUGAACAACGCCAGCACCAGCAAUCAACUGAAGAACACCAACUUGAUCAAGUCAAAGAUGCACUUUGAUGAUCUUGAGCACGAACGCCCCGAGGCAGUCGGCAAUGUCUACGAGACUGCCAACACCAACCUCUACGUAGAGGUGGACGAGAAUAAGCUGAACAAGGAUAACAACUUUUACCACACCAUUGACGAGAUUCAUGAGAGCACCUUUAAAGCUCAUCAUGACAACGGAAGGCCUUCUCUGCCUACUUCACCUCUUCCGACCUCAUCUUCAAGCAUUCUCAACUGUGUCCCAAUGCCUUCAACAUCAAAGAAUCUUCCCAACUACGUGAAUAACAUUGUGAAUAGCAAUCUGAACGACUAUGACUUUCCCAAGCACCCUAACCAACAGAGUCGAAACUACACCAACAUUGCCAACAAUGAUAACUCAACCGAAUCGGAGGAUAAAAAAUCGGAGAAGUUCUGA